CCUCACUCUACCAACUACCUCACUAUGAAAUUCGCAGUAGCAUUUGUAGUACUUGCCCUCAUCGGUGCUAUCAACUGCGGAUACCCUCACGUGGAAGGACUAACAGACAUAGCACAAGGAUCUGCAAAUCAGGCCCACUCUGCGGUAGCCAGCCAAUAUGCAGCAGCUCAGCGAGCAUCCUACGCCGCAAAAAGCAGUUUAGCUCAGCAAGCAGCACAAGCCGCAGCCACCGCUCAGGCAGCUCUUGCUGGAAAGCACGUCCUUCUCCAAAACUUAGAACAGCAAAAGGCCAGGGCCCAAGCUAACUUGCACGAGGAGCUAUCCCAACUUCAAUCUGCAGAGAAACUCGCAGCUGCAUCAUCAGCCACUGCUCAUGCGGCUGCGAAACAAGCUGCUAUCAUCAGAGGAGCUGCCGAAAAUGCAGAAGCCUUAGCCAGACAAGCUGAUAACGCCGCUCAUAAUGCUGCACAGGCAUUGGCUUCCCAAAACGCUAUGGCUGCUGCUGCUAAGGCUAACUUGAAUGAAAUCGAACAUCGCGUGGAAGCAACUCGUGCUGAUUAUUUGGCUACAAAGGAAGCAACCCAGAAAGCCGUCGACUUUGCUCAGAAGGCUCAACAAAACGCCGCUGCCGCUGGAUCUCAUUCAAUCGAAGGACCUGAUGGCGGAAAACCUGCAAUUCCUUUCGGGCAUGAUGUGCAAACCUAUUUUCAUUGAUUAAUAAUUUGUUGAAUUAUUAUACAAAGAUGAGGAUGGUUUGCCAAAAUUUUUAGUAAACGCUAUGAACUAAAAUAAAAACGUAUCUGGAACAUUA